CGCGGAGAGGCGGGACUGACCCCGCUGCCGGAAGCGGCCUGGAGCCGGGGCGACGGCGCGGGCUGGCGAGCGAGCGGGUCAUGGAGGACGAGCGGAGCUACUCGGAUAUCUGCGGCGGUCGCCUGGCCCUGCAGCGCCGCGACUACUAACAGCAUGAUCUUGUCUGCUGCCAUCUUCAUCACCCUCUUAGGCCUGCUGGGUUACCUCCAUUUUGUGAAGAUUGACCAGGAGAGUCUGUUAAUCAUUGAUUCCCUUGGUAUCCAGAUGACUUCAUCUUAUGCUUCAGGCAAAGAAAGCACCACCUUCAUAGAGAUGGGCAAGGUCAAGGACAUUGUCAUUAAUGAGGCCAUUUACAUGCAGAAGGUAAUUUACUACCUCUGCAUUUUACUGAAGGAUCCAGUGGAACCUCAUGGGAUAUCCCAAGUAGUACCUGUCUUCCAGAGUGCCAAGCCCCGGCUGGACUGCCUGAUUGAAGUGUACAGGAGCUGCCAGGAGAUCCUGGCACACCAGAAAGCCACAUCAGCAAGCCCCUGAGCCCCAACAUUUAGAAGGCCAGUGUUGUCUACCAUGGGAGAUGGCUCCUAAGCCUCAGUGGCUGGUUUAUUUUCUGCACUCUGAACCAUCAGGUGGGCACAGUCCUAGGAACCAGUGUGGAUGCAGUGGAUCUCAGAGCCAGAGAGCAGGUGACUGGAAAUCUAACCCAAGGUGUUUCUGUGUAUUAAAGUGUUCACCCUGUCAGGUUUUACCUACUUUAGCAACUGGGGGAAGACCUUAAGAUUUUGAUACAGUGUUAAGGUAAAGUGCAAGGUGUACAUUGUGAAAUUUCUAGUUACAUGCAAAUUUAUUUUGUAUUGAAAUUUGUGGAGCAAGACAAUGGGAAACUGACAUCUGAUCUCCUGAGAAAGGUACAAUUUCCACCUGCCUAGUAACCUUUUAUAAAGUUAAGGGAAAGUAGUCAAGACCUUCAGGUACUGAUUAGCCCGAAGAAAUAACCUACAAAAGACUAGUGUCUACCUACCUAACUCUUGUGUUCUGUACAAGGUUAAUUUAUUAUGACUUUUAAUAAACAGAUCUCUUUCUAAAACAUAUGCAGUAAUUGAUUCACAGGUAGCUGCUUUUUAUUGAUGAACAUGAUCAUGGCAUUUCAGUCAUAGGUCUCAAGCACAUUAACACUUUCCUGUUACUCAGGAUUUUCUGUCACUUCAAAGCCACUUUUGCCAACAAGGAUGAGUAAAAGGCCACACAGAAAUUUGAUUUUGGUUUACAGACAUGGAAUUCUCAUGUUAAAGAAAGAUUAAGAAGCAAGUUAUAGAAGCCUUUGUUUCAGGGCAGUUUCUUCUGUAUAAAAUUAAUAAACUAAGGGAGGAUUCCUGAACGAUUGGGAAGAAAGACGGUGGAAGAAACAGUCUGACCCUCAGAUUCAGUGUGAACACAACUCCAUUCUUAUUCUUUCUUUAGAAUCGUAAUUUUUUAAAGAGAAUUAUUUUAUUUAACUUUAUUAUUAUUAU